GUGUCAUCCGGUCGGGGAGUGGAGGUCUGUGCUUGCAGCACAAUAAACCUCCUGCUACGUGUAUUUAGGCAUAUGGCAGUGCACAGACGUGGGUAGCACUCACAGUUGCCACCGAAUAAAACCUACAAGGACUCAACUCUAACAAGCCUUCCAUUCUCGCCUAUACACUCUGCUGCCAAAGGCUAGGCCAUGAAUAAACAACCAAGCAAGGAGAGUCUGAAGGACAAGGUGAAGGGGAUCUUUGGACUGGGACCCCCACGUCCUCCUAGCAAACAGAGUGACCACAAGCCAUCUGAGUUUAUCAUCACAGCUGAUAUCAUCAAGGAGCUCCACCCUGAGUGUGGCAUAAAUAACCGUAUUCGCACAAUGAAUCAUGUUUGUGAUCUUGCCAAAACCAAAAGAUUUGAGGAGCAUGCAGUAGAAGCAGUGUGGAAAGCUGUGGAAGACAUGUUAUCACAGGAACAGCCACCAGAGGCCAGACAUGCUGUACUGCAGCUGCUUAGGGCCAUUAUACAGGGACAGGGUGAGCGACUCGGGCCCCUGAGAGCGUACUUUUUCAGGGUGAUCAGAGACUAUCAACCCUGCAAUGAAGACCUUUCUGAUAGACUGGAAGUCUUCAAGGCUUUAACUGAGAAUGGGAAGGACAUCACAUACCUUGAGGAGGAUAUAGCUCGCUUUGUCCUGUUGUGGAUGGACAUUGGGCUCACGUCUGACUUUCUUCACGUUCUAGUCAAUCUGGUGAAAUUCAACAGCUGCUACUUGGACCAAAAUGUUUCCAUCAUGGUCCAGAAAAUCUGUCUUUUGUGCAACAGAACAACCUCUUCAACAGAUAUAGAGGUGGCUCUUCAAGUCCUUGAUGCGGUGGUGUGUUACAACUGUCUACCCUCAGACUCUCUCACUGUCUUCAUCAUCACACUGUGUCGCACGGUCAAUGUCAAAGAGUUUUGUGAAUCCUGCUGGAAGUUGAUGAGGAAAGUGCUCGGAACUCAUCUUGGCCACAGUGCUAUUUACACUAUGUGCCGCAUAAUGGAGGAGAGGGUGUACAUGGAAGAUGCACCGUUGUUGAGAGGAGCUGUGUUCUUUGUUGGAAUGGCACUGUGGGGAGCACACAGGCUCCCUGCACUCAAAAACACCCCAACACUUGUUUUGCCAUCCUUUUACAAGGCCAUGUCAUGUGCCAAUGAGGUGGUGUCCUAUGAAAUUGUCCUCUCCAUCACCCGACUGAUCAAGAAGUAUGGCAAGGAGCUUCAGGUUGUUACUUGGGACAUCCUGCUGGGCAUCAUAGAGCGGCUGCUGCAGCAGAUCCAGGCAAUAGGCAGCGCAGAGUUGAAAACCAUAGUCUAUGAGCUGUUGACAACAGUAGAAGAGCUGUAUGAGCAGAAUGGCUACCAUGGUUCCACAGAGAAGUUCUUCAGUCUGGUGGAGAAGUGUGCUGACAAAAGACCUGAUGCAUCGGUGCUGACACUCAUCUCAUAUAGGGCUCAGUCCAUCCAGCCUGCCAAGGACGGCUGGAUUCAGAGCCUUCACCGCCUCAUGGAGAAAUUUUUCAGGAAUGAGAGUCGUAGCGUGAUCAGGAUCAAAGUGCUUCACAUUCUUUCAUUUGUUUUGAGUACCAACCGUCAGCUGUAUGAGGAUGAGUUGAUAGAAAUGGUAGUCAUCCCCCAGCUCAGUGGGAUAGCUGAAGACCGAGACCUUGCUGUAAGAAAACAGGCUACCCAGUUGCUGGUGGACCUGGCUGAGGGCUGUAACACCCACCACUUCACUAGCCUGCUAGACAUUAUUGAGCGGGUGGCCAGCCGUUCUCUGGUGUGUUCAGGACCUAUGGAGGUUUCAGAGAGGGAGCCCACAGCAGAGUCUCCCAUGGAGGAUGUCAGGACUGCUAUACUGGGACUACUUGAGAUUCUUCAGAGUAAACUUUACAGCCCUGUGACUCUGCCAGCCCAGGCAACUCGUGUAUACGAGUUGCUUAUCAGCCAUCUGCAGCUCCACUACAAGAACAAGUAUUGCUCUGCUGUUGCUUCUAGUAUCAGACUACAGGUGUUUGACUUCUUUCUGAUGAUGCGAGCAGACUCUCUUCAUCGUGUUGGUGUCCCUAAUAAAGAUGGUGCCAUGAGGUUCAGCCCGUAUUGCUACUGUGACACAGGGGACCCAGAAAAAAGAGCCAGCGAGAAAAAGCCAACAGGUUCAACGUCUCCUCCUGCUAGUGGCCCUCCCCCAACUCCCCCUCCAACAGCUGCCACCUCAACGAUACGCUCCGCCUACUUGCCCUACUCACCUGCUUUCAGUGUUCUUCUGCAGUGCCUCAAGAUGGAGACUGAUUGGAAGGUGCUGAAACUGAUCCUUGAGAAGUUACCAUGGACACUACAGUACAAAGUCAUGCUGCUCACUUCACCUUGCAGCUUGGACCAGCUUUGUUCUACUCUCUGCUUCAUGGUGACGGACAGACUGAUUUCAGAGCGUCUGAAGAAGACACCAGAGGGAUUUUCACGAACUGAUGUUCAGCUGGCAGUGGUUCCUGUCCUCACAGCAAUCACCUCCUACCACAACUAUCUGGAACAAUCAAGACAACGAGAGCUUGUCCAGUGCCUGGAGACAGGCCUCAUUUACCGCUGUGCCAAGCAGUGUGUGGUGGCUCUUACAAUGUGUACGGUGGAGAUGCCUGACAUCAUGAUCAAGCUGCUUCCUGCUCUCAUCGUCAAGCUCACCCACAUCUCUGCAACUGUUGCCAUGGCAUCUUCAAUGCUUGAAUUUCUCUCAACUCUGGUGCGCCUACCCCACCUUUAUGCCAACUUUGUUGCUGAGCAGUAUGUUAGCGUGUUUGCUAUCUCGCUACCAUACACUAACCCGUCCAAGUACAAUCAGUACAUUGUAUCCUUGGCUCAUCAUGUGAUUGCCAUGUGGUUUAUUCGCUGCAGAUUACCCUUCCGUAAAGACUUUGUUCAGUACAUCACAAAGGGUUUGCGUUCCAAUGCCCUGCUGCCUUUUGAUGAUGGCCACGAGCAGAGUUCAUUUCGUGCCCGAAGCACCAGCCUCAACGAACGACCCAAGAGUCUUCGGGCAGCAAAAAUGGCGAAGGCGGCAGCGGUGGUAGCCAAUAGCAGCAGCUCUCCAGUAAAAGAGCUGAGGGACCUGUCAGCCAUGGACGCUUUCCGAUCCCGCAGCAUCAGUGUCUCCGAACAUGCGGUCCGCAGAAUGCAAACCUCCACUACCACUUGCAGCCUAGGCUCCGCCGAUGAAAAUGCAGUAACUCAGGCAGAUGAGGGCCUAAAGACGGUCCACCUGGAGCUCACUGAGACGUGUUUGGACAUGAUGGCGCGAUAUGUCUUUUCCAACUUCUCAGCACUGCCUAAAAGAUCUCCAAUUGCAGAGUUCCUCUUGGCGGGAGGUCGCAGUAUGACCUGGCUGGUGGGCAAUAAGCUGGUGACCAUCACCACCAGCGGAGGGGUCCGCACUCAAGCGCUGCUGGGUCUGGACAUGGCUGAUCGACUAGGAGGAGGGGAAAUGACCAGGUCUGAUCCAUCACUACACACCCGGAUAACUAAAGAGGCACCCGCCAAACUGGAAUCCCAGUCAAGCCAGCAGCAAAGCAGAGCCACACGCAUACGGGUCCGCUCCAUGUCAGGUGGUCACGCUCUUCGUGCUGGUCCGGCCCAAAGUCUCAGCCCUCUAGUGUCCCCCUCAGAGGGAGAGUUAGCUGCUCCACUGUCUCCAUCCUCUGCUCCUAUGCUGGAUGGCCUCAGUCCUUCCUCCUCUACCUCUGCCAAUCCGCCAGCCCCCCCACCGCUCAAAGACAACCCCAGCCUGGCUGAAUUUGUCCCUAUGCUCACUCAGGGCUGGGCUGAGAUCUUUAUUCGAAGACCAUCUGGUAACACGAGCUGGUUAAUGUGUCUGGAGAACCCGCCCAGUCCCUUCUCCUCCGAGCUUGGUAACAUGCCCCUGCAGGAGCUCUCGACAGUCCUCAUGGCAAUGGAGGGAGUGAAGGAAACUCCCGCCCAGACAGCCAGCGCUCCAGCCAGCACGGCUGCUCCUGCACCAGUGGAGCCUUUUAGCCAAGCACACAGCAGUGCUGGAGGGAAGGCACACCUGAUCCAGCGCUCCAACACAGACUCAGUAGUGGUACUGGAGGAAGGGUCAGGGGUCACAAGUGCACACACUCCAUCCGACUGGUUAGAAAGUGAGGAAUUUGAGCCCAUGCCGUCCGAUCCCAUCUUCAUUUCUGCUGAUAAGCUCGCCAAAGCCCCACCUCCAGGAACGCUCAGUAGGUCCUCUUCCACCUCCAGUCAAGAUGAUGAAAAGUCCACCUUGGAGGAAGUGAGUGAGGGAGCCAUUCCAAUCGAUCAGCCUACUCAGGGGCUCUCUACCCCUGGCAGCCAGGAGCUCCUCUUCCAGGGCACCAACCAGUCCCAGGGUCAUGGACUCAACAAGUCCAGCUCCUCCCCAGAGCUUCAGACCUUACCAGAAGCUUUCUCCAAAGCCGCUUUGGAGUCAGAGAAUGUGCUGGGAGAUGCGGCCCAGCCUAGAGUGCUUUCAGAGGCCAAGGUCCAGCCACCUGCUGAGAGGGAGAAUGUAGGAGGUGACCUCAGUGGACUCAUGACUCCGAGUCAACUAGUGGAAGGUUCUUCUGCAGUACUGCCCCAAAGUGGAGGAGCAAGAAUGAAGUUAGAGUUUCCACCAGCUGGAGCACAACCAGGGCCCAUCUCACCCAGCGGGGGCCACAGACCUCGGGGCCACACCAUCUCAGUAUCGGCGCCGUCCUCGAGGAGAGAGAGGAGGACCGAGAGAGAUUCGUACCACAGCCGACCCGGACCCAGCAACACUGAGAAGACAUCCGGGCUCAGCCCGAGCUUUGUAUUCCUCCAGCUCUACCACUCUCCCUUUUUUGGGAAUGAAGCCAACAAGCCUCUGCUGCUGCCCAAAACGCAGGUGAUUGAGCGUGCCGUGAAGGUUCUGGACCAGAUGCCUCCUUAUGACACUCAUAAGAUCGGAGUGAUCUUUGUCGGAGCGGGUCAGAUCAACAACGAGGUAGCCAUCCUGUCCAAUGAGUACGGUUCAAACCGUUACGCUUCCUUCCUCACUGGCCUCGGUAAAUUAAUCCACCUGAAGGACUGUGACCCCGACCAGAUCUUCCUGGGGGGGCUGGAUCAGUACGGAGACGACGGCGAGUUCACCUACUGCUGGCAUGAUGACAUCAUGCAAGCAAUCUUCCACAUCGCCACACUGAUGCCAAACAGGGAGAGUGACAAAGGUUGCUGCAAUAAGAAGCGUCACAUCGGCAAUGAUUUUGUUAUGGUGGUGUACAAUGAUUCAGGCGAGGAAUACAAACUGGGCACCAUAAAGGGUCAGUUUAACUUUGUGGAGGUGAUUAUCAAACCACUGGAUUAUGAAUGUAACCUGGUCACCCUACAGUGCCGUAAAGACCUGGAAGGCUUAGUAGAUACAACUGUGGCGAAAAUAGUUUCCGACCGCAACCUCCCACUCUUGGUCCGGCAGAUGGCUCUCCAUGCCAACAUGGCCUCCUUGGUGCAUCAGUACAGAGCCAACCCCUCUGACGCCUACGCCUCUAAGUGGCUGGCAAGGUUACGACACAUAAAGAGGAUCAGGACCAGGGCUCACGAGGACAUUCAGUCCCGUUCGACCCCUGGCAUCUCGCUGACGCAGGGACACGCUCAGCAGAACAAGUCUUUUCAGCAGAGCAGCAGCACGGCCUUGAACGCAGAGAGCUCAGGCCAGCGCAAAAGGCUGGUCUCAACGGUCGACGACUUCACAGAUUUUGUGUGACUUCAUCUGCACACGUUUCAUGUGUGCAUGUUGGAGAUUUAACAUUGUUGAUUUAGACUGAAACUGAUUGGGGACCCUUUGUGUUUCACCGUUGCAAUAAAGGCCUAUUUUCUGCGUGUUUCAGCAGUGAACUGGGCACAUUUUACAUCUUUUUCCAAAGUUUCCACUUUAAACUUAAGCUGACAGAGGAUAUUUGAGUGCAUCUCCAACAAUACUUAGACAUUUCCAUUUAUUGUAACCAUUAAAAAAAAACCCAAAAAACUUCUUUUAACAAUCCAAAUGCGCCGUAGGACAAGGUGUCAGAAAUAAUUUUUCCCAAAUGUAAAACCUAUUCCAUAUUCAAGUAUUAAUAAAAGCACAGCACCUUUUU